GUCGAGCUUCUUCUGUUUAUACACUUUCCAAAUCCCAAUUGAAUUAACACUUACUAUUUAGAUAUAAAUGUUAGUCCCUAUUUGAGUUUCAGCUCCGUCCACGGAUAGAAAUAACGACUUCAACCGAAAGUCAAAGCCAUGGACAGAUCCUAACAUGGUUGGAAAAUAAAAUUAUUUGCACAACCAAAGUCCUAUAAAGAAACAACGUAGGUGUUUCCGAUGUUGUUUCUAUGGCUUUGCAUUGUUCUUCAUUCUACUACUUGGAAUGAAAUGAAUCCUUAAGUUUUACGUUUCACUUGAUAUGACCACUUUCAACAACAACAUCACCACUACCACUCUCUCAAAUGUCUCUUUCUCGCAAACCACUUUCUCCGUCGCCCUCGACCCCAGCCAAGCAAAUCGACGCCGGUGAUUUAGCUCCGGCACCGCGGUUGACCAGGCAGAGGAAGCUCCGGCACCUCACUCACCAAGACAUUGGCUUCUUCCAUUCCGACGAGUCUUCGUUUCUUCCCGGUUUGCCGGAGUUUCGCUCCCACGCCGGUUCCGACCACCGGUCUUUCUCUGCUCUGCCGCAACCGCUGCCGCUUCCCGAAGCGCCGUUGACCCGUCGAGCAAAAUCAAUCAGCUCCAGUUCCGUAAAUCGUCGUCGCCUUUCAUCUUCGUUAGAACAACAUGGCUUUGCUAUUUCGAGGAGCACAGUGUAUCAAGAAGCAGUGGCACGUACAAAACCUACACUUAAUUUGGAUAAAUCCUGCUUGGAUUCUACUCUUGCAAAUGCAAAUUACAAUCUGAGAGAGCAUACUCCCGCAGCAAGUUUCUUGACAGGCAAUAGUUCAUGGAAAAACCGCAGAGCAGUGUCUCAUGAUGAUGAUUCUGAAGGUAAUUCCCACUUGAAGUAUGGUGUUGCUGCCAAGCCCAAGAGUGCCCCAACAAGUGUACUCACUAGUCCUGAUACUAGUCCAUGUAGAUCAAGCAAUGUAGAUUUCUUUGAUCCUACCGCCAACUUCUCUUUGGAAGUUAAUGACAAAUCAAAAAUGUUAUCAGCUAAAACUGUUCAUAGUCCAGACCAAUUUUCUAUUCAUUGCCCUCUAAGCCUCACUCGUUACUUCAAUCCUAAGAUUGAGGAAGGAUCUCAAAACCAUAAAUUUUUGUCCAGGGUGUGCCCUGAAAAUAACCUUCUUGAUUCACAUCCCUUACCCCUUCCUCCUAGAGCUUCAUCACCAGAACAAUUAUCUGUUGUGCUGCAUCAAUCAAGUACCAUGAACCAAUCAAGUAUCAUGCAUCACGCUACUGAAAAUCUGCCUUCAGUGAAAGGUCGAUGGCAGAAAGGAAAACUUAUUGGACGUGGUACCUUUGGAAGUGUUUUUCAUGCAACCAACAUAGAAACUGGAGCCUCGUGUGCAAUGAAAGAGGUCAAUUUAAUUCAUGAUGAUCCUACAUCUGCCGAGUGCAUUAAACAGCUGGAACAGGAAAUCAAAAUUCUCCGUCAACUACACCAUCCCAACAUUGUGCAGUAUUAUGGAAGUGAAACAGUUGGCGAUCAUUUGUACAUAUAUAUGGAGUAUGUCUACCCGGGAUCAAUCAGUAAAUUUAUGCGUGAACAUUGUGGAGCUAUGACAGAAUCUGUGGUUUGCAAUUUUACAAGGCAUAUUCUCUCGGGAUUAGCUUACUUACAUAGUAACAAAACCAUCCACAGAGAUAUCAAAGGUGCAAACUUGCUGGUCAAUGAAUCAGGCACUGUCAAGCUUGCAGAUUUUGGGCUGGCGAAAAUACUAAUGGGGAAUUCAUAUGAUCUUUCUUUUAAGGGUAGUCCUUAUUGGAUGGCUCCAGAGGUCGUGAAAGGUUCCAUAAAGAACGAAUCCAAUCCUGAUGUUGUCAUGGCCAUUGAUAUAUGGAGUUUAGGGUGCACCAUUCUAGAAAUGUUGACAGGGAAACCUCCUUGGAGUGAAGUUGAAGGGCCUUCAGCCAUGUUCAAGGUACUACAAGAGUCUCCGCCUAUACCCGAAACUUUAUCUUCAGUGGGAAAGGAUUUCCUCCAGCAGUGUUUCCAAAGGGACCCUGCAGAUCGACCAUCUGCAGCAACGCUUCUUAAGCAUGCCUUUGUGCAGAAUUUGCAUGAUCAACAUGUUCUAGUUCAUUCACAAUCCUAUCCAAGAGGAGACCUAGGACCAGGAGGUAAUUCAGCUAGUCCUAGAGACACUACCAAAAAUAGACGUGGCAUAAUGCAAGCCUCCAUUAGCACACGGAUUUUUAACAAUAUUCAGAAAUUAAUCGGCGAUACUUCCGAACAAAGCAAUGCUAAGGAGUCUAAUCAUAUUAUACCUUAUCUUCACUCUCAUGUUCCAGAAGUGAAAAUUCUUCAAUCUCCAUUGGAAUCUGGUACCCUCAAUUUCAUGUCUGUUGCAAAUUCCAAAAACAUUUCCUCCGUCAUGAGAAUGAUCACGAACUUCUGAAGUAUGCCAUCAUGCUUAAAAUUGGAGGGAUGCAGCUAGAAAAUUGGCUGCUGAAUGAAUUUUGCAAAAAUUCAACUGCAGAAUUAAUAUUGCAGGGAUUUAGAAGCUGGCCAUCCAUGAAGUUAGAAAUUUUACUUGUUUAAUAUACUCAAAGAUUGCGAGGUAAAAGAUGUGAUAAAAUUCAUAUUGGUUUGUUGUAACUAGUAAGUACUAAUUUUUUGUACAUGAUGAUAAAAUUCAUAUUACUUGUACUCUGCCAAGAAAUUCACAUGUAAAUAUACGAUAAUAUAAAUUAUACAAUUUUGGUAAACCAUUUUUUUUUA